GUGGGCGGGACGCGGGACCAGGCGGAGCGGGGCCGCAGAUGCCGAGUCACGACCGGGCCGGUUCUCUUGAGCGGGGACGAGAGCCGGGUGGGAAGCGGCAGCCCGGGGCUCGUCCCUGUGGCAAGGACGCGGAGGGAAGGAUGGUUGUGGGGCAGUGCUAGUUCUGAUCUGCUUUCCUAACUGAGUGUAGUGUGGCUGGAGCCAAUAUUUAACAAUGAGUGGUGCAGCGUUGGGCCUCGAGAUAGUGUUUGUCUUUUUCCUGGCCUUAUUCAUACUUCACCGGUAUGGAGACUUCAAGAAACAGCAUAGGCUGGUGAUCAUAGCAACAUUAUUGGCUUGGUAUCUCUGCUUCCUGAUUGUAUUCAUAUUGCCUCUGGAUGUCAGUACGACUAUUUAUAAUCGAUGCAAACUUGCGGUUAACUCCAGUCCUGCAGAAGGUAAUGGCUCUUACGUUACUCUUGCACCAAGCAAGCAAAAAUGUUUCAAACCCUGGAGUUAUAUUCCUGAUGGAAUCAUGCCAAUUUUCUGGCGUGUUGUAUACUGGACAUCUCAGUUUUUAACAUGGAUUCUGCUACCUUUCAUGCAGUCAUAUGCUAGAUCAGGAGGGUUCUCUAUCACUGGAAAGAUUAAAACUGCUUUGAUUGAAAAUGCCAUCUAUUAUGGCACUUACUUGCUGAUUUUUGGAGCAUUUCUAAUAUAUGUGGCUGUAAACCCAAACUUCAAUUUGCAAUGGAACCAGCUUCAGACUAUUGGAAUAGCUGCUGCAAACACAUGGGGUCUGUUCCUUCUUGUGUUGCUUUUGGGUUACGGUUUGGUGGAAAUCCCUCGUUCUCACUGGAAUGGGGCCAAGAGGGGUUAUCUACUCAUGAAGACUUACUUCAAAGCUGCCAAACUGAUGACUGAAAAAGCAGAUGCAGAGGAGAAUUUAGAGGAUAUUAUGGAGGAAGUCCGUAAAGUAAGUGAGAGUAUCAAAUAUAACCACCCCUUGAGGAAAUGUGUUGAUACAAUACUGAAAAAGUGCCCUACUGAGUACCAGGAAAGAAUGGGUAGGAACAUGGAUGAUUAUGAAGAUUUUGAUGAAAGACAGAACAGUUAUCCCAGUGAAAAAAGUUUGGCCAAACUUCACAAGCAGGUAAUCUAUUCAGUGCAGAGACAUCGUCGUACACAGGUCCAGUGGCAAAUUCUUUUAGAGCAAGCAUUUUACCUGGAAGAUGUGGCAAAAAAUGAAACCAGUGCAACUCGACAGUUUGUUCAUACCUUUCAUUCCCAGGAACCAGAAAAUAAAAUUAUUCAGUAUUUCUACACACCAACGGUUGAGUGGUACUGGGAGUGCCUUCUCCGACCAUGGUUUUACAGAGUGCUUGCAGUUGUGCUGGCCACAUUCUCUGUAAUUGUUGUGUGGUCAGAGUGCACAUUUUUCAGCACAAAACCAGUUCUGUCACUAUUUGCGGUUUUCAUACAGCUGGCAGAGAAGACAUAUAAUUAUAUAUAUAUAGAGAUGGCCUGUUUUCUUACCAUCUUUUUCCUAAGUAUCUGUGUUUACUCUACUGUCUUCAGGAUCCGUGUAUUUAACUAUUAUUACUUAGCUUCACAUCAUCAGACAGAUGCAUACAGUCUCCUUUUCAGUGGCAUGUUAUUUUGCCGUCUUACUCCGCCAUUGUGCUUGAACUUUCUGGGCUUGACCCAUAUGGAUGCAACAAUCUCUCAUAAAAACACUCAGCCAACUGCUUAUACAUCUAUAAUGGGAUCCAUGAGAGUGCUGUCCUUCAUUGCAGAUGGAUUCUAUAUAUACUACCCAAUGCUUGUUGUCAUUCUCUGUAUUGCUACAUACUUCAGUUUAGGAACUCGUUGUUUGAAUCUUUUGGGAUUCCAGCAGUUUAUGGGUGAUAGCGAAAUGACCUCUGAUUUGAUUGAUGAAGGAAAAGAGCUAAUCAGAAGAGAGAAAAGAAAACGACAGAGGCAGGAAGAAGGUGAAACUAGAAGAAGGGAAUGGAAGGAACGGUAUGGAAAUAGAGAUGAUUCCACCAGAAGCAGAACUGUCCACACAGACCAGAAAGAAUCCAGCUUCUCAGAGACCAAUGCCAACAGACCACUAUCAAAGUAUACCCGUUCAAAUGGUAGGACUGAAAGAGAUAGAAUAGAACUCCUCCAGGAUGCAGAACCUUUGGAUUUUAAUGCAGACUCUGUCAAUGAUGACCCCCUUGAAUCGGACUCAGGAAGGUACCAGCCUGGUGGAAGAUACCUGUCAAUGUCUCGAAGCAAAAUAUUUGAUGAUGUCUAAGCUCAUCAAAGCUAAAGAAAAUUCAGUGGAAAUCUAGCUCCUACUCAUUGCUUGGAAAAUACUGUAUUUGCGAUAUAUCACUGAACCAUCAAAGACUCUUUAAAAAAAAAACAAAACAUGAAGGAACAACUCUUUUGGAAAUGCACGUGUAUGAUAACUUCACCACUUGUGAUAAGAAUAUGCUUCUGCUAUUGUAGAUACUGUUGUGCAUCAGUGUGGGCUUUUGUGUCAUUACCAAAAGGAGAAAACUAUUUAAAGUUAGUAGAUGGUAAACUCGUAAAUAUACCUAUGGCUCAACUUGAACUGUAACAGUCUAAGUUUGGGGAAGAGAUUUUUGGAAUUUUUUAUUUAGUAUUUUAACCAAUGCUGUGAGAACGUAUUGAUGCAUCCAAAGUGCAGUUAUAUCAAUUACUAUAAUAAACACUUUCUAUAAUUUUUCUGUUUGGACUUGAUGCCUAGUCCAAAAUCUGCUGAAGAAAAAAAAAACGAAAAGGCUUCUUUUGCCUUCAGUGGUAUUUGAAUCAGACUCCAUAUAAGGAGAAAGCCUGAAUGGCAGGCUUUCUUCAUAAAAUCAGAAAAUACAAGUUCCAGUAUUUAGAGGGCUGCAAAGGAGAUGGUGACUUGCUUUUUUACAAGGAGUCACGUGGAAAAUACAAGACAUCAUAGGCACAAGUUACUCCUAGUGAGAUUCCAGUUGGACUCAAUUGGAAAUUUUUGUACAAUUAGAACAAUCAGCCAUUGGAAUAAAGUCUCCAGAGAAGUGGUAGAUGUUCCCAACAUUGAACGCUUUUAAAAAUUUGCUGGACAAGGUGCUGGGUCAUCUUGUCUACACUAUGCUUUUGCUGAGAAAGGUUGGACCGUAAAAUCAUAGUCACAGAGCCGUUUGGGUUGCAAGGAACCUUAAAGAUCAUCUCAUCUCAAGUCCCUCUGCCAUGGGCAGGGACACCUUCUAGACCAGGUUGGUCAGCCCUCCAUCCAGCCUGGCCUUGAACACUCCCAGGGAUGGGGCAUCCACAGGUUGUGUGGCAACCUAUGCUCACCACCCAUACAGUAAAGAAUUUCUUAAGAUAUGACCCAGGUGUAAGACCUCGCCCUUGCUUUGCAUGGACCCACCUCUCAAGCCUGUCCUGCAUGGCUUCCCUUUCCUCCGGUAUCAACUGCACCACACAGCUUGGUGUCAACAGAUAAUCCUUGAGGUUCCUUCCAUCCUCGUACUGUAUGAUUCCAUGAAGUUUUUUUGGCAUAAAUUUUGGAGCAAUGCGUGUUGGUCAAGAAAGGCGGUAUUUUUUUCUUUUCCAACAUGCAGAUACACAAUUUUAGCAUGUGUAAAUAUUUGAAAUUGAAUAUGGACCUGAGUGUUACUGUAAUAUGAGCAUAUGUGCAAUAGCAAGAACACAUUAUUGAAGAUACAAUGUCUGCUUAAGAUCUUUACAGAUGUAAUGAUUCAAAAUCUUGGCACACUAGUGUUCUUGUAACUGUAAAAGAAACAUACUAUGAAAAUGGAGUUAAAUACUGAAACAUGAUAAUUUGCACGAACCUCAGGCACGGCUUCAAACUGCAGAGUAUUUCUUUAAAAGAAGGGAAAUAUAUAGCAUGACUAGGUAAUGGUAAACACUUUUAAUAUCCUGAAUACACUGGUUGCAUUAUCUAUCAGUUUUUUACUGUGCCUGUAAUCUGCAGUAAGUUGUUGCAAAAAGAAUAAUCCUUUGCCAUUCAAAAAUGCCAAUUAACAGUGUAAAAAAGCUUCACAUUAAUUUCAUUAUUGUAGGCAUAUUUUUAAACUGUAGUUAGUUGAAUGAAUUUUCAAAUGUAAUCAUAAGGUAAAAGAUGUGGUCAAAUUCAUGAUAGCUUUGGUAAUUUGAAUCAUUUAAAAUGUUGCUUUUUCCCAAUUUGUCUGAAGUUUUUACCACUUGGGAGCUUUCUUAUGUGCUUAUUGCAAAGGUAUGUUAAAAAAUGAAAGAGAACAUGUUUAUAUCAUACAUUCUUUAUCAUGCUUAAAAAACUUAUCCCUUAAAGCAGCUAGGAAUGAGUUAUUCUGAAAAGUAAGUUUUCAUGAACGACAUAUUCUACUAAUUUUUAAAAAUAGCCUGUGUUUUCUCAAGUAAUUGUUAAUGGGGAUCUAACUCUACCUCUUGUGAUUUUAGUACAUGUGCUUUAACAGUAGUGGUAUUUGUAAUACAUUGAUCUGCGUGUUUUGAAACACUGAAUUGUUACUAUGAAGGAAAAAAAUAAUUAUUUGUAUAGAAGUAAUUAUAUUAAUAAAUUGGCAGGCAUACAAUAGUUGUCAGUUUUGUUCUUAGGUGAAUACAGUGAAUGUCAGCCAUGCCCACAGGCAUUCAAGCUCAUGCAAUUUCCAGAUCAUUCAUAUCAGGCCACUUUCUAGUUUGAGUAUUUUGUGUUUCUAAAAGCUUGCUCCAAAUCUUAGGCUGGAAUCUUAUCAGGGACUGGAAGUUGAGAAGAUGAGUCUCUCUUUAUUCAGAUAUUUCUUUAGCAAUUCUAUGGUAGCACCUAUUUAAUUUAUUUUUGAACUACUGAGUAGUGCUAUCCUGAAUUCAUCCUUAUAUGAAAGGCGUUGUGUAUGUUCUUGGGCACCUAUCCACUUGAAUGUUCUUAGUCUAUACUCUAUAUUUCUGGUUUUAAAAUUUGUAUCUCAUUUAAUUGUUCAGCGCUUUAUUCAUAAAAAUCUUUGGCAGAAAUAAAAUUCAAACUCUUUGUUUAACUCUUGAGAUAUCAUUGCAAAGGGAUCUAAUUCAAGGCCAGUAGAAAAGCUAUUAGAAGGAGUGUCUUUUUCUGAAAAUCUGUGAAAUAACCUUACCUAGUCUCGGGCAGUGGGAUUGAACCUUUUGGGGCCUAGGCUUUUCCCUCUCAGUGAAAUGGCUGCAGAAUUUUCAGGGGAAACGUGGUCAAGAUUUUAUAUAUAACAGGUAACUAGUCCCUGGUGCAGAUUUCAUGGGAAUACAGAAAUUUGAAGAGUUAGCUGUAUAAAUUAAUGGCAGUGGGUUUUCAGAUUGUAACAUAGACAUUCUGAGCUCAUAAAGUAGGAAUCCAUUGACAUUUUUGAUGUUGCAGUGGAGCAAGGGAGAACCAAUGGCUGCUUUUUGAGCUCUGAAAAGCUCUAAAGAGUUCUCUGUAUUGUGCUUGGCAAUAUCUGGUGUCACAUCCUCCCUGGAUGCCGUUCAGUUGAACAAAGAGUUGAUAAGUGAAGUCAGGUCUCAUCUGUAGUGUGCAUUGCUGAUCAGGAGUUAUCCAGACUCUAAUUACAUGCAAUUUAUUGGCUAAUUAAUUUGAAGUAUGUUUUGAAAACCCAUUAUAGGUUCCUAUGACUGAAUCUGGAAUACUUUCAAUAAAGAAAUAUGAUGUACAAGUAUAAAAGAACAGUAUUUAGUGUUCACUUGAGCUAGUUGCAAACAAGUUUCUUUACUUUUAUUACAAAUAAUGCAGAACUUGGCUGCUGGUUAUGUCCCUAAGUAUUUAGCCCAUUUCAGAGAGCUGUGGACGCCUGGUCCCUGGAAACACUCAAACCCAGGCUGGACAGGGCUCUGAGCACCCAGAUCUAGUUCAAGAUACACUGGCUGAUUGCAGGAGAGUCGGACUAGGUGGCCUUUACAGAUCCCUUCCAAGCCAAACCAUUCUGGGAUUCCAUGGUGCUUCUCAGUCAGAUUGUGGCAGCUCUUGUGGUUUCUUUCCUGCUACAGUUCCAGUCCCAGUAGCAUUACAGCUAAACGAAGUUAAAGACUAGCUUUGAUAUGUUUAAGCAGUGACUUUAGCAUAGACUAACAGUGUUCCUGCAUCACUUCUGAUGCUCCCAAGUAGGUGAUUUUAAAUACAAUUUCCUUGCAAACUGUGCUUUUGGGAACUGAGUGUUAAUGUAUUUUUCAGUCAGUAUAUAUAUAGAGUCAUAUUUUUGUGCUGCUACAGAAUGUCAAUUACAUAUUUCUUCAUUAUUUCACUUCCUGAAUUACUGAGCAGUUUGUGGAUAUAUUUUGCCAUUCCUGCAGUUUUUUCUCUGUCAGUAAACACCAAAACCCCCCCCAAAACACCCCAAAAUCCCACACAAGUACAAAUGUUUGAAUGUCUUCCUGUCAAAGAUCUAAAUGAAUGAAAAGAAUGUGUGCAAAACAGUACCUAAUCAGUGUUGGAGUUCUUAAAAAGUAUGGAUAGCAACAAGCUGUAAUCAAGCUUACUACUCCUACUAGUUCUGUGGUUCUCUUUUUCUUAAUACAUAUUGUGAUACAUAUUGUGAUUGGGAGAUAAGUCUUCUGCUCAGCUAAAGAUUGUUACAUCUCUCAGCCAUGAAGUAAGGAAGUGUUUUUAUGAGGGAAGGUAAAAGAUAAGUAACUUCUAAUCUGUGUCAUAGUGAUGCUUUGGGCAAACGAAGACAGAGCUUCCUAUUUAACUACAGUAAUGUGUCAAGAAAAAAACAAACUUUAUACUUCUAUAAAUUACACUACUGGAAAAAUCAUGGUAUAAAAUAUGGCUUUGUUUUGCAAUCAAGCACUUGUAAAGUAGUCAUUAACAAUAUUAAUAGGAAUGGUAGAAAGCUGCUGUCUUUUCAAUAUUUAUUCAUGCUAUUUUAAAAUAUAACAUGAAUAGGAAGUAUUAAAAAUUAUUACUAUGAUUUUCUAUAAUUAUGGUGAUUUGUAUUUUAUUAAAUUUGUCUUGAAAUACUGUAAAUAUUAUGUGAAAAAUAAUACAUUUUGUGUCAGUUUUCAUUAUUGCUUUAAUUACUUGAAAUCUGAGGGGCAUUCAUAAUACCAAAUAGAGAUACUUUAUGAAGAAAAACUUUUUAUGAGACUUCUUAAAGAAAUCUGACGGGUUCAUUACAGACAAAUAGGUGCAUCUUAAUUAUUAACAAUAGCACUACUAAGGGGAUAUAUUGUAUCCUAGCUUUUUAAUUUUUCUUUGAAAUUCAGAAAAUAGUUACAUUUUUCAGAGCAGCUUAGUUGUGAAUCUUGUAAACUUUCUGAAACUUUUACAUUCCUUUUCCCUAAUGGGCUCUGCAGGAAUAUGUACUGCUUCAUGGCAGUCACCUAAUACUAGCUGUGCCUCUAAUUAAGUAGUCUAAUCUGAAGCUGAGACACUCCUACACUAUGUGAUUAUGUUAACAGAAAUUCAGCAUUCAUAGCAGAAAAAAAAAAAAAAAAAAGGCUUGUUGAACUAGAUCCCUUUUAAAUACAUUAACUGCUGUUGAUUUUAUUGCAUUAUAUUUGGUACCCUCUGUUUGGGCCAUAUGGUAAGCCCAAUCAGGUUUAUUUGUUGUUUCUCUUAGAAUGCAUAAGAAUGUAGUCCUCAGCAUGCUUUUGUGUGCAUGUGUGUGUUUUAGUAUGCAGCUUCAGUUAUUUCCUCAGAAUAACGUUGUUAUAUUUGACAUAUUCCUGUAAACUAGUAGUUUCAGAGUGAUACCUUAGCUGUCACCAUAGAAAUUAAUUCUUUUCUAUAGAAAUACACUGUGUUUCUGUAGAGGUAUCUGGAAGAUAAGGGAAUUAAUUUGUGAGUAUUAGUUUAGUAAUAGACCUUCAUUCUCCAGUAUAUAUCAAGAUAGGCUGUAGGAGUGCUGCUUAUGGAUAGACUAUCUUCUUUUGCCUUAUGAUACAAGUAUGUUUGCAUAAAUACCUUGUUUUGAAAUUCACUGAGUUAAACAUUUUUCUCUGUAGUGCUCUGAAUUACUGUUGUACUGGAUAAUAUUUUUGAAAUGUGUGUUACAAGAUAUAUAUAUAGUCAAAUACUUAAAUUGGCAUGGAAUAAAUAAUUUCUGCAAUACA